AUGAGGGACGCUGCACUGAGUUUCUACAUGGACUCUGAGGCUGAGGAGUCAGAUGACCUGGAUGGAGAGAUAGACCUGACGACCUGUAUGAACGUCCAAGACUUUGACGUGGAGAAGAACUAUGGAUUCCAGAUACAUACGAAGAAAGUAGUGUUCACUCUGUCAGCCUCGACCUCCAGGAUCAGGAGGAAGUGGGUUAAUGUGCUGAAACGGACUAUCCAACCCAGACACUCUUCAGACAUCACACCACGGUCAGACAAGGAAAGAGAAAACUCUCAGCCUGUGUCGUCUCGCCAGCCUCCCUCUGUGCUCACCUGUGAAGACUCCGACCCUCAAACCACUAUCUCCACCUCCAACCUUUGUCAAAUGGACUCUUUGGCCCCGGAUCUAGAUGACACCUCCCCCAACACGUCAUCAGACAGUCAGAGAGAGGCAGGAGAGGGCUGGGACAGAGAGCAAGCCAAGCGAUUGGAGGAGAGGAACAGAUGGUUUGAGGGGGGGAUCCCCUUCAGAGAGAUGGGCAGCAGAUGGGACUCUCUGGAUCUGAAGAAAGCCAGCGUACCUGUACCUGUCACUCACACCAUGGACAUGGACGUCAACAAUAAGUGGGUGGAGUUCGAGAGUCUAACAUUCAGGGAGAUGAGCGCGCUGUCUCUGAUUGGUGCACAGACUAAUCAGACCAAUCAGACGAUUCCUAAUCAGACGAUUCAGACGACCAGUGCAACGGUCUUUCAGAGGGAGGCGCUAUCACUCAGGCAGCAGGUGGAGUGUCUGCGUAAGGAGCGUGUGGAGAUGGGGAUGGAGGUACCAUGGGCCCCCUGCGGCCAGCGUCUAGAGGCCAUGGAGGCGGCCCACCGCAGGGACCUGAUGGAGCUCCAGGAAAGCCACGCCAGGGAGGUCCGAGAGCUGCAGAGACAGAGAGAGAGCUUACUGCAGGAGGAGAGCCAGGCCACGGCACAAGCAGUUGAGGCCCUGAAGGAGGCUCACAGGGAGGAGCUGGAGAGGGAGGUGGAGAAAGCCAGAAGGAUGACUGAAGGGGGUGGCCAUAUGGAUACUACGUACAGAGCACAGACGCCCCAGGCUGAUGCCCUCCACAGUGAGUUAGACGUUCUGUCAGAGAGAUAUUCCCAGAAGUGCCUAGAGUUGAACCGGGCCGAGCAGAGAGGAGGAGACAGAGAAACAGAGCUGAGCUGGAAGGACAGAGAGAUGGAACAGCUCCGCAGAGAGAACCAGGAACUGCAGGCUCGUCUGACUGAGGAGAUCAGCCACAUGCGCCACUUCAUCACAGGUCAGAGGUCAGGAAACGCCUCCCCUGGCAACUGUGAGCGCAAUCCCUCGGAAUUGGAAAUGCUGCUACGAGCAAAGGAGAUUGAGGCCGAGUACCUACAAAAGGAGAUUGACUGUCUAAGGAAUGAAGUGCAGUCUCUAACUAAGGAGAAGCAGAGUUUGUGUGACCGCUACAAGGAGGUGUACGUGGAGCUGAUUGGAAUGAAGGGUCGCAGUGAGCUGGAGAUCAGGGACCUCAGGGAGCACCUGAGACUGGCUAACGCAGCGCUGCAAGAGGGGAAUCGAGACACCUGAGACUGGCCAACGCAGCGCUGCAAGAGGGGAGUCGAGACACCUGAGACUGGCCAACGCAGCGCUGCAGGAAGGGGGAAGAGACACCCAAGACUGGCGAACGCAGCACUGCAGGAAGAGAUAGAGUUGGUGGAUGGAUAGUUGGAUACCUGCUGUGAAGAGCCAAGAAGCCAUACAAUAGUUUGUUCUUUGUUAUGGCUGGCUGUGGUUAGCCUGGAAUUCUUCAAACUGAUAUGCUGUUUCAACAUAUAGCAAAAUGAAACCAUGCUGAAAUAGGCUAGGCUGUGGUUGGAGUUAUAAGACCAAAGAAUGCAUGUUUUAUAGAAUGACAGGGACAACCACAAAAUAACACCAAAGAACAUACCCCAACAAAUGUGUUGUUAUUUUUAUUUUUUACACACGUAGACUCUUUAUUGAGUAAAUAAUAAGACACAUGCAAAAGUGAAGUCUGACUGUGCUGUGACCUCACAAUGAUAUCAAAUAUGUAGUAAUCCGUGGCAAGGAGGUGAAAGUGGGACUAAAAGAGUGGAGAGAGAGAAAAAAGGCGAUGGGGAGGUGGAUCAUGAUGAGGGCAAUCUUCUCCUGUAAGGGGGCAUCUCUCUCUCCUUCCUCAUAGUGGCAUGCCAUCAUUAUUGCAAAGCACCCUGGGAAGGAAUGUAAAUGCAAGCAAUGUCAAUGGUCAUUAAU